CAUAAUGACAACAAUGGCGGCCUUGGGCAAGGUUCGGAGGAGCCCUGGAAGAUUUCUUAUCGAAAUUAUCGAUUAAUGUCAACAAACAUUCGCCAUUGAGACAGCGGGAACUGCGAUGACUCUCGCCACCACGUCAGCGGCGACGGCUGUCACCAUGGCGAUGCCGACGCCCAGCAGUACGCAGGACGGCGGCGAAGAGCGGCGCAUCAACUCCUACCUUUUUGACGACCCCAGAAAAAAAUCCCGCAACUACCUGGACACCCACAAGAACAUCGAGAAGAAACGCAGAGACCGUAUCAACUCUAGUCUCACGGCGCUCAAGUCCAUAAUUCCCGAGUGUAAGGCCUAUGGUAAGAAAAAGCUAGACAAGGCGGAAAUACUAGAAAUGACGUUGUCCUACUUGGACAAAAUACACAGUAGCGGUUUCACCUUAAAGAAAGAAGAGCAGCAAACGCCAGGAAACUGGGCGAAACAGCUCAUGCAAUGGGUACACCAGGAGAAAAAGAACUUUCACACCGUAGAUGAGUUUGUGAACGCAUUACUCACGCAUUUGCAGACGUGCGUUGUCAGCGGGAGUUUCGCUCCGGUGGAUCUCAAGGGUAUGCUGCAGGGUACGUCUGGACAGGAUACUCCACUGUCGCAGUCUGUCGUCACGUGCCAAGCUCAGCCGGCCGUUACCAGUAACGUUAAUGUUAACACAGCCGGUGUGGCGAGCACCUCUAGCCAAAGUCAGGUCACCGCCAUUUCUUCGCUGUCCCAGUCUCCAGCCUGCACGGUGACCAGUGCUACCUCAGGAAGCCAACAGAACGGACUGAUGCGGGCGCGCCCCCCUCCCCCACCCAACAUCACCCCCGCCAUUUUCCUCCAGGCGACCAGUUUCCAGGCUCGUCUGCGGGCGCAAGCCGCGUCGCACGUCUCUUCAGCGCCGACCAUGCAGCAACAAGUGUUCCCCUCAGCCGCGAUAAUUCUACAGCCUCAACAUCAACAACAACAACAACAGGCUAUGACCCCCCAACAGGUCAUCAACGUGGCGCAGCCCAUCGACCUCACCCAGCAGUGCUCCAAGCAGAGGGACGUCCUCGACCUUCGGAUGACCUCCCAAGGUCGCGAGCAGCUCGUGGCGUCCAAUCAGUGCAUCCAAAGACUUCAGCAGCUCAUCGACCAGCACAGCAUGCAGGAACAGAGCCUCAUGCAGGUGCAGCCUCCCAACGUGCAGAUGCCAAAUGCCGUGCCAUAUGUAGAGUCUACAACAAGCCAGCCUCCGGCUUACACACAGAACAUGGGAGGAAACUUACAAUCGAAUGAUCUUUCCUUCAUAAACAGUUCCUCACAAGCCUACAUUCUUGCCGAGCUCCCAGCCGGAGUGCUGUUGCAAGAUAGAAUGCUUGGCUCGGUAGGGGAGAUGCUGUCUGAUGGAACGGCCAUGGAUACUGUCCCAACUGUCCCAUCCAAUGAUAGUGACGCUAGCUACCACAACCCAGAACAGCUCCAAGUGCCAGGUAUAGGGGAGUCACCAGUCACAGAGUUCGUAGACCCCAGCACUCUCCAAGUGUCUGCUGUAGUAGACGACUCAGCUCUUAUGGGGACCCCCGACCUCCCCUCCUGGAGUAACAGCCCAAUCAGUGCCUUGGAACAGGCUCCAACAUGACCAAAGGUUCAAGUACUGGGUUCCAAAGUCUCCAUGGCUAAUACUGCACAAUCAUCGCUACUGUAAAGAUAGAAAGUUUAGUGCAAUUUUCUUCUACAGGUUCAGUCUCUGGUAUUGUAGAUGAAGUUUUUUUUGUUGGUUUGAUUAUAUGGAAGACAUCCAUGCGUGCAUGAAUUUUCAUCUGUUUCCAAAAGAAAAAGUUUUCCACCAUACUAUAAAUUGUACAAAGCAGCUGCAAAAUGAGCAAAAAUAUGCCGUACAUUGCCAAAAAACAUUGGAAACGAUAGUAAGGUCGAGGAAUGCCAAAAUCAGUCAAAUGAAGAAAAUGUGAAGAGAUGAAAAUGAGGAGUCUAUUAUCUGCCAUACCUUACUCUUGUGUGUUUAGUCAUUUGUUCAACCUUCAUGACUUUAUAGAUUUCAUAAUGAAGGAAAUCUUUUUAUUUGCCAAACCUUUUUUGGGCAUACAAAACAACAUUUGUAUCAAAGUUUACAGCGGUCCAGCUUACGGCUUCUGAAAUACACUGUGUCCUGCCAUGGCCAGCAUGUGAGUGAUACUUUACAUGUGGCCUGGCUCACGGCUUGCCUUCUGAAAUAAACAGCCAGUGUUGAGGGUAAUCUGGAUUAGGAAUAGAAAGUAUUUCGAACCCUGUGCAUUGAUUGGUUGAAGCUAUAAUAUAGUUGUAUAAUGAUACCUGACUGUGAUAGACCUUGUUAAAGAUUGUGUCAUUAAUUUAUUGCAAAUAUGCUUGGGCCUAGGACAAGAAAUACAUGUAUUGUGUUUCUGGUUACCCGACCAACCCUAGCAAAACCCCCAACACUAGCCUUUCUUUUUGGUCAGCCGCCUAUUUAUAAUGAGGUUUCAUAUGAGUUUUUUUAUGACUCGUGCCAACAUAUAGAAGUACAAAUGUAUAUCCAGUACUGGAAAUUCUCCUGUACCUCUCUGCAUCCAGAUUGGCAUCACAAAAAUGUCAAAUAGAUCCCAAAUGUCCAUCACAAUUAGAAGUUCAACCAAUGAGAGAAAGGCAAUUAGCAGUUCGACCAAUGAGAGAGCGGCUUCAUGUCCAUCAUAUACUUGCAUUUUUGGAGGUGGGCAGGGCUUCAGGAUUGGUCUAUUAAGUAAUUGCAUCAUAUCAAGUUGUACCGGUACUAACCAUAGAGCCUGUAUAUUAAUAUUUUGACUGAAAACAACUCUUCUGUGAGAUUAAAUAUACAUGUGCAGGCUUGUAGCAGUUGUACAUGUGAGAGAGCCGUUAGCAGCCUUAUUCGUGGUAUCUACCUCAAUUCUUUUCAAAAUUAAGCAAGCCAAGUUGACUUUCCCUCUAAAAUGUUGAAGAGGUGAUGACUGAAUUAGCUAAACAAUAAUGUCUCACUUAAACUUAUCCGACGUAUCGCCAAGUAACAAUGCAAGUAACAAUGUGAAGUAAAACUAAAAUGUCAUACUCAUUUAGUAAUGAUAAAACAGAGAGAAUGUCAUAUUUUUUAUUGAUGUCAGCAGCCCUUAUGUACAUGUAUGGUGUCAUAUU